CGACUCACGGCUCCAUCACUCCAAUACGAGUCGAAAGGCCGCCGUGAAUGCCUGUGCCGCGCCGUGCUAAACUAAACCGACACGUUUACGAAUCACGCCGCGCACGAUUACGCGAAAACUAUCACUUUCGCUACCGUACAAUCCUGUUUGGAACAUGAUAACGCAGUGAAUAACUUUGUGCACUUCCUGGGACCACGGCAUCGCAAGGUGUCACCAUGCCUCAGUGGGCCAGCGCUGAAGGCGGCGGUUCAGAAGCGACGUCACCUGACCAAAUGAUGCUGUACUAUGAAGAGGACGCCACCGAGUACUACAACAAAAAACAAGAAGAAUCAGAAGUUAAAAUAGAGCAAGCUGGUGAUUUCUAUGACAGUGGCAGUGGUAGCGAUGAACAAAUUCCGCGUCGCGUGUGUCGGCCGCGACGGACUCCCGCCAGCUCGUCGUCCUCCGGCACGACGAGCUCCAGCGGGCCGGGGCGACGUCGCCGCUGCGGAAUAUCCGCACGGGAGCGCAAUCUCCGCAGACUGGAGAGCAACGAACGGGAACGCAUGCGGAUGCACUCACUGAACCGUGCGUUCGAGGAUCUACGUCGUGUUAUUCCUCACGUUAAAAAGGACAACCGAAGUCUAUCGAAGAUAGAAACACUAACGCUUGCCAAAAACUAUGUGAAAGCACUCACCAAUGCCAUAUGCACGAUGAGGGGAGAGGGUCCUCGUUACCAAUUCAAUAGUGAAGAUGAAAAUGUAGAACCGGUUUUCGUUCUAAGCCGGGAUCAAGAACAGAACAACAACUUGCCAGAUGACCGCGACAAUGAAGAUCCAUCACCAUUGCCACAGGAGUGCCUUUGACGCCACCAUGACUAAACACCGGGUUAUAUAUUGUCAAACACGAGCAUGUUUCCCAUAAAGCUUUACACUCAUCAUUGCGGUUUCAAUGGGAGCAAAGCCUCGCCAAUUAAAUUAGGUUUAAACAUUAUGAGAACUCCGUUGCAACUCGCAGAUGUGUGUAAAGCUUAAUGAAUUGAUUCAAAUAUUUAUAGAUCCAACAUGAAGUAUUUACUAAAAAUGUGAGACCACACCUCUGCGACCGACUCGCCAUCCAACGGGAAGACAGAUUGAUGUGGACUUUGAAAGCCAUCUAGAAAAAUGUUCGAUCUAUAUUUCAUUUGUCUCAAUCCAUGCUUGUCUUGUUAGACCUACGACUACUGGCAUUGUAUGGACAUCGAGACCAAGAACAAACAUGCUAUUUUACCUAGUCGUAGAUGUAUUUUUAUGAUGAUUAUUUAUAACUUUGAAAUACCUACUAAGAUGCUACAUGUACUUAAUACCGAGAAAAACGAUUGCGACGAAACAGGCUUGGAAAACUGGAAAUCACCUCUAUAUUGGGGUAUUCAAUAAAUAUAUUACACCGUUAGUUAAUUAGUCUUUUUCAGUUGGUUAAGUACCUAAACUAUUUUGCACAAUUAAAUACGAUAGCAAAAAGUGUGAUUUGAAUUGAAAUAAAAGCACAAGAAUAAAUCUUCAAUUCAAAAUAAAAAAAUUUUGUUCCAACUUUUUUGAGGAAAUUUGUAAUUACCUAAUUACAAAUUAAUGUUACACCUUGACGUUACCACACCUUUCCUAUGAGGAUCUUUCAGGACCGUCCGAUUUACGACAAAAAAACAUCGAAUUCUUAUUGUCAAUAUUGGAUCGUAGAGGUGUGGUAGCAACUUUUCAGAUUUACUUACGCGUAUUCUACUUAAGUAGAAUUAAAAGAUGUUUAUUUACUUAUUUAGCUAUAGUUUUUGUAGACAUUUGAUUAAGUAUCAGAAGUACAAAACUAUGCGUACCUACGCAUAUGACAUAUUAAGUACUCUGUUAAAAUAAUAACUCAGAAAUAAGUAACUACUGGUAAGUGUUUGUGUUCCUACAAUUUAAAAAAAUGCAUUUUCAAACUUUCCGAUCUCAAAUUCUCAACUAAAUUCAAAGAGAUCGGUACAUCUAUCUAUAUAAUAUAAGUAUAUCAACUCAAUAGAUUUCUGAUAACAAUUCAAUUAUUGAAAUUGGAAAUAUUAUAUUAAUUGUAAGUAAUAUCUCCCAAGCUGGUGCCAAUUAAGUCAAUAAGUAUUCCAACUAACGUGAGAGUUAACGCUUACAAUAUCAUACUCGUAUAUUCAUACUAUCUAAAUAUCUAGUUGUUUUCGCUGACUUGAUCGCUUUUAGAAAGCCACUGAGCAGAGAGCACGUUUGACAUUCAGUACAAGAACGUCGCCAAGUAACGUCGGACAACACCUGCUCUUGAUUUAUACCAACAAACAUAUUUUUUUAUACAAUCAAGAAACAAAAAAUCCACUUCCAUUCCAAUCGGAAGUCGGUUAAAAAUAAUAUAACUUACGUUACAUCACAGAAAAUUAUGAAGUUACGUUAAAAAGGUUUAGCACACCCGCCUUUAAAGUUACGUUGACAUGCAACAUUUUAGAGCGAGCCUGCCAAUAGUUAGUUUUUAACUUUUCGUGUUAGUUGGAUAUUUGUAGGUAUUAAAGUCAAUAUAUUAUAUUACUUUAAAGUCAAUUUGUUUGAAAGGGGUAAUUAAUAAUUAUGUAUCUACUUAACAUUUAUUUAGCUUUGCCGCUCAUUUAUAGUGUUCCAAUGUAGAAUGAGUAAUGGGCAGAUAAGUAAAUAGGUGUUAUAUAAAAUACGAGAAUAAAUAGGGAGGUCAAUUAUGAAUGAGCCAAAGCCCAUCGAUCUAAAUUCUCCUCCUUCUAUGUUUACCAAGUUUUAGAAAUAUUGGCACUUAAUUUUUUGUAGAUAGACAUUUUCUUUUUCUUUUUUCCCCUACUUAAACUUGGCUUAUCUAUAAACAUCUUUGAACUCUGUUCCUACCUACUUAACGUUUAUCAAAUAUUGAAAUAUUUUUGUAUUUUUUUCAACUAAGAAGGAGCAUAUAUUGCAAUUUGUACAAAAUUUCAUGUAGAUACUUCAUUAUAAAGUGACUAUACCGGCAUAGUGUCUUAACUAUUUACAAGACACCUUUCUAUGUAUGUAGGUACAUACGAUAUGAUUUUGUGAAUUAUUUAAGUAAGUAAUUAAAGUAAUCUCAGUUGAAAGUUACCGAUGAAUAUAGUUAUUGAUAAGUUCAAAUAUAUUUUUAAACAUGUAAUGCAAUUGCAUUUUUUGUUAAAUUUUAUAACUUCGCGCCAAACUUUUAGUCCGCUCUUUAUUAUGGCCUACUUCGGACUACUUAAGUAUUUUAGUCGCGUAGGAACAAUUUUUAGAUUUAUUGCCCAAAAAACCCCUCAGGGCAUACUAGAAAUUUGGCGAAGUUUUGUACCUAUUUAAAGACAAAAAAAUAAUAUAUUAUAGACAUUUGUGAUUUAGAUUUAUAUACGAUCUUGAUAAACCCUAUUCUUUAUAUGAUAAGGACGACUCGGCGAUAUAAUGAUGAAUUAUUAUUAUAUUAAAAUUUAUAUGCAGAAAUA